AUGCGUUCGUGCACGGCGCUGCGCAGUGCGUCGACUUUCGCGCGCGGCCCGCAUGAUCCAUUUAACGCCUUGACGGCCGUGUUUCCGCGCUCUGAGAAAUCAGAGGGCUUGCUCGCACAAUGGUCCGUGAGCAUCAAAGAGAAUAUUUGUAUGCAAAAUGUACCGGCGACGUGCUCCAGCAAGUUCUUGUUGGAUUAUAAGUCGCCCUUUGAUGCGGCGGUUGUUCAGCACUUGCGUAAUGCUGGUGCACAUCUUACAUCCCGCACCAACUGUGACGAGUUUGGCAUGGGUGGCCUCAAUGUGCACUCCCACUUUGGACCUGUUGCCAAUCCUGCCGUAUACGAGGAUAUGCAAGAGCCCGACUUUGCCAAGUUUAAACCUCGCUCUCCCGGCGGCAGCUCUGGCGGUGCAGGUGCGGCAGUGCGUGCCGGGCUGUGCCGUGUCGCGAUCGGCACCGACACAGGAGGGUCUGUGCGUCUACCUGCAUCGUACUGCGGCGUCUAUGGACUUAAGCCGUCCUAUGGGAUGGUCAGCAGGUGGGGAGUCAUUUCCUACGGCGACUCUCUCGAUCAUGUAGGAAUCAUUGCGCGCAGUAUUCCUGAUAUUCGCACGACUUUACGCGCUAUAUCGCACGACGAUGGCCGCGACGCAACGUGCACGCCAGCGCCAUUGCGCAGCGCGCUGGAGGCAUCGAACAAAAUCAAGAUUGCCCAGUUUGGCAAGGUUGCUCAGCAACCUCUUCACGGGCUCCGUGUUGGCAUUCCUCGCGAGAUGUUCCCUGAAGAGAUGAAUCCGGGUAUUGCGGACGCCACCGAUCAAACACUCGACGCCUUACAAGCGCUCGGCGCCACGCUCAUUCCAUUUGAUGCGCCUUCUUUGGUGCAUGCUGUAGGAGCUUAUUACGUGCUUGCGUUAGCCGAGGCAAGCAGCAGUAUGGCGCGCUUUGAUGGGAUGCAGUACGGCGCUGGCACCGAGGCGCUCGCCACCUACCGCGAGACGAUUGCAGCGAACCGCGGCGCUGGGUUUGGCGACGAAGUGCGCAAACGCAUUCUCCUCGGCACGUAUGCACUUACCGCAGAUGCAAUGAACAGCUAUUAUAUGCGUGCGAAAUCCAUUCGCGCGGUACUUGAGGCGCAGGUGCGAGGGAUAUGGUCCACGCCUGAUUUGCGAAGUACAAUGCACUUGAAUGGACAGGGGAUCGAUGUGGUUGUGCAUCCAACGGCACUGCAAGGUGCGCCAUUGCUUGGAAAGCCCACCGACGCCGAGUAUGCACAAGAUGUAAUGACGGUGCCCGGAAAUCUCACCGGAUUGCCUGUUCUUUCUGCACCGGCACACGCAACGUUAAGGGGAAGCGACGGUGCGCGUCUCCCCAUUGGCAUUUCUUUCACUGCGCAGUGGGGAUACGAACAUUUUUUAUUACACAUUGUUGAGCUACUACAAGCGCGGAACAAUGUUUUUGCGCAACUUCAUUAA